AUGGUAGAUUACUACAAGGUCCUUGGACUCCAAAACAAUGCUUCACAGGAUGGUAUUAAGAAAUCCUACCACAAACUGGCACUAAAAUGGCAUCCUGAUAAGAAUCCCAGAAAGAAGGAGGAAGCUGAGAAGAAAUUCAAAGAAAUUAUUGAAGCAUACAGGAUUUUGUCCAACCCUCAGAAGCGAUCUCUCUAUGACAAGUCUGUUGAGGAGAGCAGAAUCCCCAGAAAAAGAGCUGCAGCAGGUUAUACCAACUUCUUUGGUUCCUAUCAGGGGUUCCUUAGUCAAAAAGAGGUAUUUGGAGGGAUGUAUCCAUUUACAUGUAUUUUAUCAAACCCUUUUGACAUCAGAAUCAGUCAUGAAAACUGGCAGAACAUAUGUGGAAGAGGAAGAAGGUCCAGGGAGCUGUCUGUACAAUGGAAUUCAUGCUGUCCCAGUGGGCACCCCACCUCCAUCUAUGCUGACAACAGAGUGAUAGCCGUUACUGAAGUGAUCGAUGGCAAGAGCAUCACCCUGAAAUGCAUUGAAGAAGGGCAGGGGAUAAAAUAAGUGGAAGAAGAUGGCCAGCUGAAGUCUGUAAUGUUCAAUGGGAGAGGCUGUGGGGUGUGUUCUCAUAGCUCAACCGAUGUGAUCUACUACAAGCAGUAUCAAUAA